AUACCACAUGGGAAACACUCCACUAUCCACCACAGAGGCAGAGAAAGACCUGGGAGUGUAUGUUACCAGGCUACCAGUGAAGGGAUAUCCAGCACACCAAUACCACAUGGGAAACACUCCACUAUCCACCACAGAGGCAGAGAAAGACCUGGGAGUGUAUGUUACCAGGCUACCAGUGAAGGGAUAUCCAGCACACCAAUACCACAUGGGAAACACUCCACUAUCCACCACAGAGGCAGAGAAAGACCUGGGAGUGUAUGUUACCAGGCUACCAGUGAAGGGAUAUCCAGCCAACCAAUACCACAUGGGAAACACUCCACUAUCCACCACAGAGGCAGAGAAAGACCUGGGAGUGUAUGUUACCAGGCUACCAGUGAAGGGAUAUCCAGCACACCAAUACCACAUGGGAAACACUCCACUAUCCACCACAGAGGCAGAGAAAGACCUGGGAGUGUAUGCUACCAGUGAAGGGAUAUCCAGCACACCAAUACCACAUGGAAACACUCCACUAUCCACCACAGAGGCAGAGAAAGACCUGGGAGUGUAUGUUACCAGGCUACCAGUGAAGGGAUAUCCAGCACACCAAUACCACAUGGGAAACACUCCACUAUCCACCACAGAGGCAGAGAAAGACCUGGGAGUGUAUGUUACCAGGCUACCAGUGAAGGGAUAUCCAGCACACCAAUACCACAUGGGAAACACUCCACUAUCCACCACAGAGGCAGAGAAAGACCUGGGAGUGUAUGUUACCAGGCUACCAGUGAAGGGAUAUCCAGCACACCAAUACCACAUGGGAAACACUCCACUAUCCACCACAGAGGCAGAGAAAGACCUGGGAGUGUAUGUUACCAGGCUACCAGUGAAGGGAUAUCCAGCACACCAAUACCACAUAGGAACACUCCACUAUCCACCACAGAGGCAGAGAAAGACCUGGGAGUGUAUGUUACCAGGCUACCAGUGA